AUGUCCGCUGUUCCUGCCGCGAAGAUACACCAACCCGAAGCCUACUAUCUGCCGCAUCAUGCGGUCUUUAAGAAUGAAGAUCCGUCACGGAAGAUACGCGUUGUCUUCAACGCGUCAUACCGCUCUGCCACGGGCUAUUCACUCAACGACCUGCUUCUCGCCGGGAAGAAGUUGCAGUCUGAACUCUGGGUGACCCUUUCCCGCUGGCGCCUUUUCAGAUACGUCUUCACGACGGACAUCGUGAAGAUGUUUAGACAGAUCUUAGUCCACCAAGACGACACCGAUUUGCAACGCAUUUUGUGGCGAUCGGAUCCUACCAAGGAGGUGCAGGACUACCACCUGCGGACGGUGGUCUACGGCACCGCUUCAGCCCCCUACCUGGCACUGCGGACGCUUCUACAGCUAGCUGAGGACGAAGGUCCUCGAUUUCCCCGCGGCGCCAGCGCUAUCAGGACUCAUUCGUACGUGGACGACAUUCUGGCAGGUGGCCACACCCGUGAGGAGGCGUUGGAAAUCAAGCGUCAAACGCAAGCGAUCCUCGCCGCUGACGGGUUCGACCUGAUCAAGUGGGCGGCAAAUAUCCCCGAACUCUGCCCCGGAGAGUAUAACGAGAAGGUCUUUUACGAUCGCGAAGGAGUCAGCACCCUGGGUGUCCUGUGGUCUCCUCGAGACGACUGCUUCUCUCUGCGGGUGGCCGUUGUCAGAUCGGUGGAUGCCCCUACUAAGCGGACGGUGUUGUCGGACGUGGCGCGAUUCUUUGACCCGCUCGGGUGGGCCGCUCCUGUUCUAAUUUUUGGUAAAAUUUUUAUACAGGAUCUCUGGAUGGCUGGACUCGCCUGGGACGACCCUUCGCCGGAACAACUUCGGACCGUGUGGUCGAGUUAUGCCGCCGCCUUGCCUCAACUGGAGUUGCACCGCAUUCCACGCUUCGUGGACUACCCUGGGCCGGGAAGCACAGCCGAGCUGCAUGGCUUCUCAGAUGCCGCCAACCGCGCCUAUGCAGCAACCGUUUACCUCCGCUACCAGGGUGGCACCGGUCAAGACGGUCUCCAUACCCAGACUGGAAUUGUGCGGAGCCGAGAAUUGGCACGCCUCCUACGCACAACCGCACGCGCGCUGGAGCUGGAGAACGCCCGAAUCUAUGCGUGGACUGACUCGACAGUGACGCUGGCGUGGCUUCGUUCCCACUCUGCGCGUUGGAAGCCGUUCGUUGCACACAGAGUGGCGGAAGUGCAGGACUUAGUCCCUCCGGCGCAGUGGAGAUACGUGCCGUCAAGGGACAACCCGGCGGACGCGGUUACGCGGGGCAUUCCGCCUGCGGAAUUGGCGAGCCUUGAUAAUUGGUGGACUGGGCCGUCCUGGCUUACGAGUGCGGAUUAUUCAACGGCCGAACCUGGCCCGACCGACGACGAUGCUGCGGUGGAGGAGCUCCGCCCACAAGCGACGCUCAUCGCCAGACCGGAAGACGGCAACGACAUCAUGCGUCGUUAUUCAGAAAUGAUGCGACUGUUGCGUGUGUCCGCCUUCUGUCUUAGGUUUGCGCACAAUGCGCGCUCUGCCGAGAAGAGGUCAGGCUAUCUAUCGGCGGAGGAGCUGGGUGCAACCCGUAAGCGGUGGGUGCGGAUCUCCCAAGAGGAGGACUUCCCGCAGGAGACAGCCUGCCUCAGGGAUAAAUGGCCGCUUCCGGCCAGAUCGCCGCUAUUACCGCUUCGUCCAUUCCUGGACCCAGAGGGACUGCUGCGAGUGGGCGGUCGCCUUCAGCAAGCGCUCCUCCCAUUUGACGAAAAGCAUCCCUACGUUUUAUCCAAAAGAAAUCACCUUGCGCUUCUCCUUGUGCGCGAGGCUCACGCGAACUCACUUCACGGAGGGUCCCAGCUGACCCGGAGCCUUCUCCUGAGGCGGUAUUGGAUCCUGCAGGCGAGUUCCUUGGUCCGCUCGGUCGUUCAUGGCUGCGUGCGCUGCACCCGAUACGAGGAGUCAACGCCGAACAAUAGAUGGGUCAUCUGCCUCCGGAACGCACGCGACCCAGUCGCCCCUUCUGGUCCUCAGGCGUUGAUUAUGCCGGCCCAUUGCCCCUUCGCACCUGGAAGGGGCGCGGACAUAAGCCCGUUAAGGGCUACGUCUGCCUGUUCGUGUGUCUGUCCACCAAGGCCGUUCAUUUGGAGGCUGUGUCUGAUCUCUCCUCCGGUUCCUUUCUCGCGGCAUUUCGACCUUUUAUUUCCCGUCGAGGCCGCUGCCAACGCCUUAACAGCGAUAACGGGACGAACUUCAGAGGAGCGGCUGGGGAGUUAA